CAAGAGCUGUGAUUUCUGGAGGUUCAUUUGACAGUGUGUGCCGAAUGAAGUGAAGAAAUCAGAGCAUGAGGCCAUGAGUCACUUGGGUAAAAUGGUCCCUAGUACCAAGGGCAAAUCUCUGCCCAGGUAGAGCAGAGCUUUCUUCAGCAUAAUGCAUCCUUUUCUCUCACAUGUCUUUCAGAGCUGGUUAAAGUCAUAUGGCUAUCUACUUCCCUAUGAUUCACGGGCAUCUGCGUUGCACUCAGGCAAGGCCUUACAGUCAGCAGUCUCCACUAUGCAGCAGUUUUACGGCAUCCCAGUCACCGGUGUGUUGGAUCAGACAACAAUCGAGUGGAUGAAGAAACCUCGAUGUGGUGUCCCUGAUCACCCCCACUUGAGCCGCAGGCGAAGAAACAAGCGCUACGCCCUGACUGGACAGAAGUGGAGGCAAAAGCACAUCACCUACAGCAUUCACAACUACACCCCAAAAGUGGGUGAGCUGGACACACGGAAAGCUAUUCGCCAGGCUUUUGAUGUGUGGCAGAAGGUCACCCCGCUGACCUUUGAAGAGGUGCCGUACCAUGAGAUCAAAAGUGAUCGGAAGGAGGCAGACAUCAUGAUCUUUUUUGCUUCUGGUUUCCAUGGCGACAGCUCCCCAUUUGAUGGGGAAGGGGGAUUCCUGGCCCAUGCCUACUUCCCUGGGCCAGGGAUUGGAGGAGACACUCACUUUGACUCAGACGAGCCAUGGACACUAGGAAAUGCCAACCAUGAUGGCAAUGACCUCUUCCUGGUGGCUGUGCAUGAGUUGGGCCACGCACUGGGCCUGGAGCACUCCAAUGAUCCCAGCGCUAUCAUGGCACCCUUCUACCAGUACAUGGAGACACACAACUUCAAGCUGCCCCAGGAUGAUCUCCAGGGCAUCCAGAAGAUCUAUGGACCCCCAGCUGAGCCUCUGGAGCCCACCAGGCCCCUCCCCACGCUCCCUGUCCGCAGGAUCCACUCACCGUCUGAGAGGAAGCAUGAACGCCAGCCCAGGCCCCCUCGGCCACCCCUCGGGGACCGGCCAUCCACACCGGGAGCCAAACCCAACAUCUGUGAUGGCAACUUCAAUACAGUGGCCCUCUUUCGGGGCGAGAUGUUUGUGUUUAAGGAUCGCUGGUUCUGGCGCCUGCGCAACAACCGGGUGCAGGAAGGCUACCCCAUGCAGAUCGAGCAGUUUUGGAAGGGCCUGCCUGCCCGCAUAGAUGCAGCCUACGAAAGGGCUGAUGGCAGAUUUGUCUUCUUCAAAGGUGACAAGUACUGGGUGUUUAAGGAAGUGACGGUGGAACCUGGGUAUCCUCACAGCCUAGGGGAGCUGGGCAGCUGUCUGCCCCGGGAAGGCAUUGACACAGCUUUGCGCUGGGAACCCGUGGGCAAGACGUACUUCUUCAAAGGCGAGCGGUACUGGCGCUACAGCGAGGAGCGGCGGGCCACAGACCCUGGCUACCCCAAGCCCAUCACCGUGUGGAAGGGCAUCCCACAGGCGCCCCAAGGGGCUUUCAUCAGCAAAGAAGGAUAUUACACCUACUUCUACAAGGGCCGGGACUACUGGAAGUUUGACAACCAAAAACUGAGCGUGGAGCCAGGUUACCCACGCAACAUCCUGCGUGACUGGAUGGGCUGCAACCAGAAGGAGGUAGAGCGGCGCAAGGAGCGGCGGCUGCCCCAGGAUGAUGCGGACAUCAUGGUGACGAUCAAUGAUGUGCCAGGCUCUGUGAAUGCCGUGGCCGUGGUCAUCCCCUGCAUCCUGUCCCUCUGCAUCCUGGUGCUGAUCUACACCAUCUUCCAGUUCAAGAACAAGGCAGGCCCUCAGCCUGUCACCUACUAUAAGCGACCAGUCCAGGAGUGGGUGUGA